GCCUGCUCCUGACCUAGAAGUAUGUACUCAAGACGUCAUUUGGUUUCUUCCAUACAUUGACCCACCAAAUCCAUUGGUUCGCAUGAAUUUGGCAGAUCGCAAUAUGUUCUGAGAAUAUAAACAUUGCUAUUUGCUCUACCAUGGCCAACAACCCUCAUAUUCGGCAUCUCAAUGCCGCUGAAAGUCAUUGUGGUCGGCGCUGGCCUCGGUGGUCUGGCUACCACCAUCGCCCUCACCAGGGCUGGCCAUAAUGUCGAGGUGCUUGCCCAUGCUGUAUGCCAUGACGUGAUUGCUCACACCUCGCAAGGUCUUCGAAAAGUCCUCCUUCAGCAACGAAGUCGGCGCCGCCAUCCACCUCGCCCCCAACGCAACCCGCAUCCUGGACGCAUGGCACUGUGAUCUGGAAGCCAUGGCGCCUGUCCGCUGCGAGCAUAUGAGCUUGUCGAACAAGCAGGGCAACAUUGUUAACAUGUUUGUGACUACGGAUGAGCUUCAGAAGCGGUUUGGCUUCGAUGAUGAGUGGCUGUUGGUGCACCGUGUGGAUCUGCAUAAUGGGCUGCGCAGGACGGCGGAGGCGGGGUUUGGGGGGAGAGCGCCGAAGAUCCAUCUAGGCUGCGGUGUCGAGUCGUUAGAUCCUAGCGCUGGGAAAGUGAUGCUUGCGGAUGGGCGAGAGUUCCACGCCGACGUGAUCAUUGGCGCGGACGGCGUGCAUUCCCGAACAGUCCACAGCGUCGCAGCCGAGCCCCAAAAGAAGAUCAGCACCAGGCAAACCUGCUUCCGCUUCCUCGUCCCAACAGACAAGUUAUCCUCCAACCCCUCCGCCAAAGCCCUCGUCGAUAGAAUAGGUCUGAAAGGCCUGCACGCCUUUCGAUCAAAGACCGAACAACUAGUCCUCUACCCCUGCCGCUCGGGCUCCCUCAUCAAUUGCGCGGCAUUCCUCCCGACCGACGAUUACGAUGAUGACAUCGGCGAGUCGUCGUGGCUCAACUCGAGCCAGCACAGCGACUUGAUGGCUGCGGUUGAGAGCUACGGGCCCGAGCUGCGCGAGUUGUGUAGUCUGGCUGAGGACGUCAAGCUGUGGAGUCUGGUGUCUAGGGAUCCGCCGAGGAGCUUUGUCAAGGGGAAGGUGGCGCUGGUUGGGGAUGCGGGACAUCCCAUGCUCCCGCAUAUGGGCCAAGGCGGUGCGCAAGCUUUCGAGGACGCGGCCGCAUUGGGCGCCCUCUUACCCGCAGAUACCACGCCAGAGCAAGUCGCAGAACGGCUGCGCAUGUACAACGACGUGCGGUACGAGCAUGCUGUGACCAUUAUGUUCCUGUCUAGAGUCGGGGAGCAGUUUCAGGAGGUUGUCAUGGGUGAUCUGAGGCGCUUUGUCCCUAGUGCCCGUAUGCCUGAGGAUAUGUUUGAAUACUCUUGGUGCUCGUAUCCGACGAGAGAUGCCGAGAGAGCUCUGGCUUCGGCGUCGAACUGACGUUUUUUAUUGGGUUUUUGUGCGUGAGAAUGAGGCAGUGCGUUGUGUAACGGUGUGGAUCGGUAAGGACUGCCUAGUAGCCACGUGUGAGUAAGUUGGAGUACUCGGAGCAGCAUUGGUAGUAGAGGCUCCUGGAUAAUCUCCAUCGUGCACCGGAAAAGUAGUCAACGUAACCUUAUUCCGUCCAAUUCUAGUCACUGUAUCAAGUUCCGUGGUAGCUAGGUGCGUCCGGCUCAUAGCGUAGGAAACUGUAUUCUCUCCAUCGACGUCAAAAUAUCAUUCUGUCAAGCGG